AUGGCCCAAACGCUCUCGACCAUGACACUGGCCUCGCCUUCGGGACCCAGUUCCGCCCAAAAGGUCUUAAACCGACUUUUCUUCGCUAGUGGCCCCUUGCGCUCCGUGUCUGCGUCUGCGUCUGCUGUUGCUGUUACUCCCCCAUCCGCUGCUCUCACGGCGACUACUAAUAAUCGCCGUCCUCGUCUCCCCAUCCCCAGGCUCUUCCAUUCAUCCUUCGUUCCGUCUUCAUCACCCCAUAGUUUGUUGUCCAUGUCCAUGGCGUCUUCGUCUCUUCAUAGUACCGCCAGCUCAGAAAUUGCCACACCUCGCUCUCGCUCAUCAACAACAUCAUCGUAUGUCCCUCCCCUCUCCACAUCGGGCUCCCUCCAUGCCCUCUCGUCCGUAUAUAUAUCUAACCACCCCACGUCCAGCCGAAGACUUACAGACUCUAAUAUAAUGUCUUCCUUCGACCUUUCCAAGAUCGAAAAAGAGAUCAAGAUGGCCGCCCUUGAUCAACAUCGUGGCUACGUCCAAGACCAUUACGCCGAAGUCAAGCAGGACCGAACACCUGAAUACCUCAACGAGUCCAAUGCCGCUGGCUACCAGGUUGUCCGAGAACCUCUCUGGAACAAGGGUCUUGCCUUUACUCCCGAAGAGCGUGCCUCCAAGAACCUUACAGGUCUCCUCCCCCACACCAUGGAGAGCUUCGAGACUCAAUGCGCCCGAGCCAUGAAGAUGAUUCAGACCCGCCAGACACCCAUCGACAAGUACCUUUACCUGUCCACAAUCAAGGACCAAAAUACCGACCUUUUCUACCGUCUCCUGAUUGACAACGUCCGAGAGCUCAUGCCUCUCGUCUAUACCCCCACAAUCGGCGACGUCUGCCUGCAGUACUCAAGCAUCUACACCCGCCCUGAGGCUCUGUACAUCUCCAUCAAGCAGCGAAAGUCAAUUCGCGCCAUGCUUCAGAACUGGCCUUGCCAGGAUCCCGAGAUUUGCGUCAUCACUGACGGUUCUCGUAUUCUGGGUCUCGGUGAUCUCGGUAUCAACGGUGUCGGUAUCUCUAUCGGAAAGCUCGCCCUUUACACUGGCGCUGCCGGUAUCCACCCCUCCAAGACUCUCCCCAUCGUCCUUGACUGUGGUACCAACAACGAGGAGAACCUGAACGAUCCUUUCUACCUUGGUCUGCGACAAAAGCGCCCCUCAUACGCUGACCAGCAGUCUUUCAUGGACGAGUUCAUGGAGGCCGCUCGUGAGGUGUUCCCCAACAUGGUUGUUCAAUUCGAGGAUUUCGACAGUGAGAAGGCUUUCGGUUACCUUGAGCGUUACCGAAACCAGUAUCGAUGCUUCAACGAUGAUAUCCAGGGAACUGGUGCUGUCGUCUUGGGUGGAUACAUUGGUGCUGUUGAGCAGUCCGGUGUUCCUCUGGAGGACCAGCGUCUUGUCUUCAUGGGUGCUGGCUCUGCUGGUGUCGGUGUCGCUAAGCAGCUCGUUGAGUACUACACUCGUCGUGGCUUGAGCGAGGCCGCCGCCCGUGAGAAGUUCUGGCUUGUUGACACCAAGGGUCUAGUCACCAAGGACCGUGGUGAUCGUCUGGCUGAGCACAAGAAGUACUUUGCCCGAAUUGAUAACAACGGUCAUCAGUUCCGUACUCUUGAGGAGGUCAUUGAGUACGUCAAGCCCAGCGCUCUUGUUGGUCUCACCGCCACCUUUGGCGUCUUUACUGAGCCCGUUGUCCGUGCUCUCAAGAGCUCUGUCCAGGAGGGUGGUCUUGAACGCCGCCCCAUCCUUUUCCCUCUUAGCAACCCUCUCACCAAGGCCGAGUGCACUUUCGAGCAGGCUAUUGAGUGGACUGAGGGCACUGUCCUCUUUGCCUCUGGCUCUCCUUUCAACCCAGUCAAGGCCAAGUUCGGUGAUGAGACUCACCACACCGUCUACCACCCCAACCAGGGUAACAAUGUUUACAUCUUCCCUGGUCUGGGUCUUGGUGCCAUUCUUGCCAAGGCUUCUCGCAUCACUGAUGAGAUGGUCUACACCUCUGCCGCCGCUCUGGCUGGCUCUCUAAAUGCUGAUGAGGUCCACAAGGGUCUCAUCUACCCCCGCAUUGAGCGUGUCCGUGAUGCUAGUGUCAUCGUUGCCCGCGAGGUCAUGAAGGCUGCUCGACGUGCUGGAGUCUCUGAGGUCUCUGACGCUCAAUGGGCUGAGUGGGAGGAAUGGGGUGAUGUUGCCCUCACCAGCUACAUCAAGCAGCACAUCUACAACCCCCUUUGCUUUGCCGAUGCUAAGUUGUAA